GCGCGAUUCGAUAAUGCUGCAUGGACGUAAACACGACAUUAUCGCUGGCUCUGGCUGGACGUUAUCUAUCAUGAGCUAAGAGGGCGAAUUGUGGAUUUGUGCUUCAAUAAUAGAUCAGAUAAGGGUCGAUAGGCGAGUGGCCGUCGCGGCGAGACGGCUGAAAAUUUAAUUCGCGGGACAUGUAAGACGGACAAGCGGCGGAAAUGGCUGCAGCAGCGUCGUUGGCGGCAAUGCAGACGAUCAGGGCGCACUCGAGCGAUGUCACCUUCUGCGACUUUGGCAAAAACUUCACCCUGGCCACAGGGUCAAGCGACAAGUCGGUGCGCGCUUGGGAGUGGCACCCUGGGCACGGCUACAGGGAGGUCGCUUUUUCGCCCAUCGGACACCACACGUACGGCGUCACGGACGCCCGAUUCUCGCCGCAGGGCACCAUGCUCGCCACUUCCUCCAUUGACGGAUGCACCGUCUUGUGGAACAUCAGAACUGGCUGCAAAAUCCACCACUUCGUCCAGCCGAGUGGCAACGCCGUGCGGGUUUGCCGCUUUACUUCGGACUCGACGCGCAUCGUCACGGCCGGCGACGACGGCACCGUCUGCUUCUGGAACCUAGCUCACCGUUCUCUAGUCAAAACGAUCAAAGCUCACGAGGAGACGGUGCAAGCUCUGGCGACGUCCCCGGACUCGCAGCUGGUGGCGUCCGGCUGCUCCCAGGGCGUCCUGCACGUUCACGAAAUCGAAGACGGAGACUUGCUGGCCACUCAGGACUCGGCCCACGACAUGGGCGUCACUGCCGCUGAUUUUUCUCCAGUGCCUAGACCAGCUAGGCAAGGAGUAAAAAAGGUGUUUAUGCUGGCCACCUCCGGGCAGGACCACGUCGUGCGUUUGUGGAACGUGUUGGUGUACAAAAGCCGAGUGCUUCUGGAGCCCUCGCAGACCCUCUCUGGGCACUCGUCCAGCGUCCUGUGCGUCCGGUUCGACCCUAGCGGCGCCCACCUGGCGUCAGGAAGCCUCGACAAAACGCUCCGAGUGUGGGACGUUGCGUCCGUGAAGUGUGCGAAGGUGCUGCAAGGUCACGACAGGUACGUCACCAGCUGCAGCUUUUCCAGGGACGGUUCGCUCCUGUCCUCUGGCUCCAACGACAAAACGGUCAAAAUCUGGAACGUCGGUGGACGCAUGUCUGUCGAUUCUAUUCUUGUGCCUUCACCAACAGCAAGUUGUCUGCCGUCAGACGCUAGUCAUGGGAAAUUAGUGGAGGAACGAAGUGCUUCUAAUGUGAAACUCCUGCAGAAAAUCGACUGCGGCGUGUCCGUUAAUUUCUGCCAAUUCGGCCCAGGCCCAAGCAACAUUCUCGCCGCUGCCACAGGGGAAAAAUUCGUAAAGUUGUGGAGGCAGGACGCAGGCGGUCGCUUCUCAGAAACGGGCAGCUCUCCAAUCGAAGCGCAUCGCUACUCGGUGAACAAAGUCGAGUUCUCUCCGGACGGCGAAAAGCUGUCCUCGUGCUCUCUGGACGGCAGCGCCAGCCUGUGGGACGUGGAAAGCGGACAAAGGGCCAACCCGCCGCUGCAGAGUAGCGGCGCCAGCGUGCGCACCUGCCGCUUUUCUCCGGACGGAAAACUCGUGGUCACCGGGGGCGACGACGAACGCGCCCUCCUCUGGACCAUUCCCGACGGCUCCAUUUUGGAAGUGAUUGAAGGACACACGGAGGCUGUGACCUCUGCGGCAUUCACGCCGGACAGCAAACUCCUGGCCACUGGCGACCUGGUCGGUUCUAUCAGAAUCUGGGCAGUCGGCGCGAAAGGUCACAAGGCAUGCGGAAUUCAGGUGAUCGAGGCCGCACACGACCUUGGCGUGCAAACCUGCGACUUUGCCCCUUCCAGGACUGACAAUAAUGGGUGCCAGUACACUCUGGCGUCAGGUGGCAGCGACGCUCUGGUGAAGCUCUGGGACCUGAGGUUCGUGCCCAAUGGCUGCUCCCAAAUUUGCAUCGCGCAGACGCUUGUCGGACAUGGAGGCACGGUUGCUUCGGUUAGGUUUUCGCAUACCGGCCAGCUUCUAGCCUCUGCUGCGACGGAUAAAACUGCUAGAAUUUGGAAUGUGUUCCAGCGGCAGUGUCUGUUUGUUUUGGAGCUGCACGCAAGCAUCGUGACCAGCUGUGCUUUUUCCCCAGACGGAUCUUUGGUCGCGACAUCUUCUCUGGACAAAUCGGUGAUAAUUUGGGAAAUGCCGAAAGAUCUGCUGGCCAGAAACCAGGCAGAAGAAAGUUUGCGUGGACACCGCGAGAGGGUGGAGGAAUGGACGAGCAAGGACGUGGCCAGGUGGCUCACCUGGCUCGACAUCCCGAUAAUUCCUCCAACGCGGUUCCAGCACCUCACCGGCAACGAUAUUUUAAAUUCCACGCUCCAAAAUUUGACAAAUAUCUUCGGAUUAGAAGACGAAUCGCACACUAAAGAGUUGGAACGACAGAUUUUUUGGCUCAAACACGAGAACGUAGGAGUUGUCGACGACCUUUCGAACGUGCCUCACGAACUCAUUUGCCCAAUAACUCAGGAAAUUUUCAGGGAGCCGGUGAUUUGUGCAGAUGGUUUUUGCUACGAGCGAGGUGCAAUCGACGAGUGGUUUUUGAGCGGCAAAAUCAGCAGCCCGAUGACGAAUUUGAACAUGAGCAGCACGACUUACGCCCCGAAUAUCAAAUUACGCGCACAGGUUUGUAGCCUUUUGUACGGUGAGCCGUGAACGCAUUUUUCUUGAUAAAAAAUAAUAAUAUAAAAAUCGCAUUCAACUUUUGAGAGUGCCUCUCGUACCUGCAAUGAUAUAUCGACUCAGUCACCUGUUUUGUUUGCUAAGAUUAUUAAUAAUUAUUAUGUGCUUUGACAAACUCAUGUCGUACACAAUUCUCCGAAAAUACAAACACAUUCUCUUGAGCCUUAAGCACAAGCAAUGAAAAAAGACAGAUUUUUAAUGUUGAAAACGAUUUUUAGACUUAGAGUUUGGAAGCACGAUAUUAUAUACAGUUUGUUGAUCAAAUUAAAAUGGUUAAUAAAUUUAUUGUAUAUCGAAAAAUAAAUAAAUAAAGGCGAUUAAAAUAACCCUG